AGAUCUGUCCGGGACCCUCCCCUGCGGUCCCCACCACACUAGGGAGCAAGAUCCUGGGCUAGCAUUCGAAGCCCUUUGUAAUCCCACGUCUUCCCAUCCCAAACAUUCCUCCCAGUCUCACAGAAAUGCUAAAUCACCCGUGCAUGGGAGGCUUCUGUGGAUUGGAGCACAUUCUUGCAGGAGUCAGCUCUAAGGCCUUCCCUGCCCUCCUCCAGCAGCGGAGGAGGAAGACGGCGCCUUCUCGUUACCCUGGCAACCGUCAGCGGACCCUGUCACCCCGGCAACUGUUCGAGGCCUCCCGUCAGCCCUCUCCUGGGCCUCUUCGGUCACCCAGACAACCGCUACCCAUUCCGGUUAACCAUCAGCCCUUUCUCCGUCACCCUGGCAACGGUCACCAGACCCACCGCCCCACUGGACACACGGUCCUCAUCCUGCACGCAGGCCUCCUCGCCCCAAACCUUCGCCCCAAGCUGAGGUCUCGGGUUCCCUCCUCCUCUUGCCCAUCUCCCCGGCCCCAGGGGGGCACUGCUCCCACCCUGGCGGGGGGCGGGAUGGAUAGGGCCCUGAGGGUCCCGUCUCUUGUCGGGGCUGUUGGACCGUCCUAUCCUGAAGCUGUGCGCAGCCCUGAGCCUGUCUCCUCGCUCUCGCUCUUGCGUGGGACUGUUCAGCCGCUACAGGGAGCUUCUCAAAAUGCAAACCAUGUCUCUCCCCUGCUGAAAACCCUCCCUGGCUCCCCUUGAGAAUCAAAUCCAAACCCUUCAAAGCCCCUGGCGGUCUGGCUGUGGCCUCUUCUUCCACACGCCUCCCCCUCUUGCUCUGCUCCAGCAGGCACUAAUCUCCACGCUGUUACUCCAGUAGCCCAAGCUUAUUCCAGCCUCUGACCUUCCUAUUUACUGCUUCCCACUCCCUGAAAGGUCUGUCGCCCAGCUAGUGAAGCCUUUCCUGGGCCCCGUCACACACCUGCAUAGCUCUCUCUGCCUCUUCUCAGUUAAUUCCAGAAGGGGGGCCGUGUCCUUGUUCAUACUCUAUCCCUAGGGCCUAGAACAGCUCCUGACACGAUGAGUUGAAGGAUGUAACGUUGGGGACAAGGGAGGACAGAGGGGGUGACCAGCAGGCAGGCUUUGGCCAGGCAGACCCAUCCCAGAGAUAAGAGAAUGUAUUUCUGAGGUCUGCUGGGUCCCCAGACUGAUUCAUCACACUGCUGCAAGUAAUGACAGUGUUCCCAGAGGCCAGGAAAAGGCUAGGGAGAUAGAAGUUACUGCUGUG